GGUAACUACAUAAGAGCCACAUUGGAUACAUCUAAUCAUCUGCUUGACCUAGCACGUUUGCUGACAGUUGGCUCCCGACUUCUCCUAGUGCUGAUCGUAAUCAUUUGCUUUAAAGGAAAUAUGUCUCAGAUGACUUCGAUGAGGUAUUUCCUCAAGCCACGGUACCUUGCACGUGUACCAAGACGACUCGAGUCUCAGUUACAACGGCAAGAUCCCAUCUCCACUCGACUCAAGCUUAAAGAGAAACUUAACAUUCUCUUUUUCUCAAACAAGCACAACAGCCUCAGUCAAAGGAUGGCUCUGGAACUAAGACAGAGACAACACAACAUCACCGUGCAUGAGAUCAACGAGCCUGCAGAGAUGACAAAAUUAGCUUUUGAUGCCCAACCCGAUCUCAUUCUUUGUCCAUUUCUCACCAAACGAAUUCCAGAAGAAGUGUUUUCUAAUCCCAACAUUCCUUGUUGGAUUGUUCAUCCUGGAAUCGAGGGCGACCGUGGCAUGAGUUCUAUUGACUGGGCCUUGUAUGACAUGGAGGACGAGUGGGGAGUAAGCGUCCUUCAGGCGGAUUCGGAGAUGGACGCAGGUGAUAUUUGGAGCACCAAAACCUUCCCUGUCAGGCGCCCAAAUGUCAACACACUGACCAAGUCGAGCUUGUAUGUGAAUGAAGUCACACAAACAGCCGUGAAAGCUACUUUGGAAGCCAUAACUAACCUCUUAUCGGGACAGACACCCAGACCACUUAAUUACAACAAUCCAUAAGUGAGGGGAACCUGCCGCCCUAACAUGACCAAGGCUGACCGAACUGUGAACUGGGAAUUGCCAGCUGACGAGGUAGCCUGUCAGAUUCGCAUGUCUGACUCAGCACCAGGAGCAGUCGGUCGCUUUAGAGCGAAAGGAGGAGAUGGCAAUUGGAACUGGACCAAGGACUUUCGCCUCUUUGGAGCACAUCUGGAGAAAGGAAGACUUAGAUUCCUGACAGGAAAACCUGGUGAAAUAUUAGGCCAACGCCAUGGAUCUGUUUUAAUCAAGUGCGGCAGGGGGGCUUUAUGGGUUUCACAUCUGAAGAAAAACAAACUUAAACUCCCCGCCACCAUGUGGCUAAAAACUGGUGCCCCAACCGUAGCAGACUCCUUUCCAUCCAUCCCAUACGGGUCCUAUCCUAACACAGCUCAGGAUAUCUGGACAAGUAUGACGCCUGACGGUGUCUGCUUUGUACACUUCGAGUUCUACAACGGAGCUAUGAGCACCAGCCAAUGUCAGCGUCUGGUUUCCGUUCUGCAAAAGGUGGAGGAGAAUGACUUUUGCAAGGUAAUGGUUCUGAUGGGUGGUCGAGACGUGUUCAGCAAUGGUAUCCACCUUAAUGUUAUCGAAGCAGCCGAAGACCCAGUUGAGGAAUCAUGGAAGAACAUCAAUGCGAUCAACGAUGUCGUGCGUUGCAUCUUCACCAGCAAAAAGAUCACCGUCUCGGCCUUACGUGGAAACGCUGGUGCUGGUGGAGCCAUGAUGGCUUUGGCUAGCGACUUCGCCUUUGCACGUGAUGGGGUGGUGCUGAAUCCUCACUAUAAGCUAAUGAAGCUUUAUGGUUCAGAAUAUCACACAUACUUUCUGCCAAAGCGUGUGGGUCAAAAAAAGGCGAGUGAGUUAUUGUUCAGUGCUGAACCCAUCCUGGCCUCUGAAGCCGCUCAAAUUGGUUUUCUGGAUGGUUGUGUAGGAGACAGCGUCGAAGAAUUUGACAUGUGGAUUAAAGAAGAAGCAAUGUACCUUGCAAGACCGUCUUUGCAGCAACAUUUUUCCCAAGUAAAGAAUCAAAAAGCAAACCCGGAAGUCUUGAAGGAAAUUGAGGAAUGCCGCUCAGGUGAACUGGCAUUCAUGGCUAGAAACUUUCAGGAUCCUGAGUACCACAUGGCCAGAAAAUACUUUGUUUAUCACUAAGCCAGGCAGUGUGAUGUUAAUCUGCAGAGUCAAAAGCUUUGCUUCUUUUUCUUACUGUGUGUACUAAGGUCACUAAGACAUAACGCUGAACAAUUACGGGAGCUGAAAGUUCCGUUCGCUUUUUUUUUCUUGAAUCCCUGGGUUUUAGUAGACAUUUUCACAGCAGUUCAUUUACGCUUAGAUAAAAGAAUCAUUUAAAUAGAAGUCAAACGGUUAUACUCAGAAUGCUUAGUCGUAGUUAUUUACAUUGCACUAAGGAGAAUGGAGUGGAUUCCUCGUGAAAAGGAGGAUCAAUUAAAAACUGUUACCACCAAAAGUGAGACUGUCGAGGUUUUCUUUCAUUUUGAAAAACGUGAAGAGACAACAAAAAAUAAAAAAUAACCGUUAGAAAAAGUGGAAGCUAUUACAGAUAACCAGAUAACUUCAGGUUUAAAUAAAUCCAUUUCAUUGAAAAUUCCUUUUUUUUCUCAAAAAGCCUUUUUAAAAUAGUUCGUAUUACAUCAAAAAAGUUGAAUCAAAUGUAAAUUCUUUCCAUAUUAAUGUUCAUUCCUGUAGAGCUUUUUCUUUUCGGGAUUUUCCCAGACUCGUUUGUUUGAUUGAGACUGACGUCAUGGUGGUGGUCUCCAGGAAGCUUCGUCAGCUUCUUUCCACUCUAUGUAAGCUUGCCUGAAAGGGAAGAUUUCUGCAGGCAAAUGAAAAUAAAGCACGGAACAAGUUUGUCGAAA